AUGCAUUGGAAAGACCUGGCUGAGCAAGUGGAUUGGUCGAAGCAGGCAGCCGAGGAUGGAGCACUCAAGGAAAAACCAGAAUUUGUGGUCGAUUCAAUUGGCGGGACACUGAUGGACAGCAUGGAGCAGCAGGGAUCAGCAGGGACCAGUGUGGUUGGAUGGAGCUGGCGGAGGACGUGA